CGCCACCGGAGCGGGAGAUCAAAGAGCCGAUCCAACUUCCUGAUGCCAAUCGGUCUGCCCGUCUCGACUCGACGGCCGUCAGGAGGACCGCGAGGCGACGGGCGGUGAUCCACAAGCGUGCACUACCGCGACCUGGAGAGAUACAAUUCUGACUCGGCGAGGGCGAGCUGCGGGCUCGGACGCUAGGAAUCUAUCUCACUCUUACCCGCGCACCCGGUUAACCGGGGUACCGACCCGCCCGGGUAAGACGUGAGACCCGUUCGUUUACCCGGUUCCUACCCGUGUAUCCGCGGAUCCGGGUUUGGAGAGCCCUAGUUCGGACGCCGUCAGGCAAACUAAGCGAAGUUCCACGUGUUUCUUCGUUAUAGUGAGGUUCCCCGUCAUCGCUGCAGACAAGUUCAGAGACGGUUCUCACAAGUUCGCGAAACGAGCAGAGCACAAGGAUCUUUUUAAAAACAGUGAAGUGAAACUUUGGUGCGCUUUGGUGGUGCCACACUGAGCGUCGAGGGUACAUCAUUUUCCACUGUGGCUGCCAGUCGUGGAGGUUAGGAGGACCCUUGAUUCUCCUUGCGGCUCCCUGGCUAUAUUUUCACAAUGCCCCAUCAACGCGGUGUUGGCUCAGAAGAGAUUUCUUCUCAAGCAGGACACGUGGCUCCCGUAAAAAAGAUGCAUGCAAGAAGGGAGCUAUUUGAUUGCACUGUUUGCCUCAAGAAAUUAUCUUGCGGCAGUGCUCUGCAAAGACAUCUCCAAACGCACACUGGAGAAAGGCCUUUUGAGUGUACAGUGUGCGAGAAGAAAUUUUCGCGGAACGGAAAUUUGCGUGAUCAUCUCCGAACGCAUACAGGAGAAAAGCCGUUUGAGUGUACAGUCUGCAACAAGAAAUUUUCGCAAAGUAAUGAAUUGCGUGUUCAUCUCCGUACGCACACUGGAGAAAAGCCGUUUGAGUGUACGCUCUGCAACAAGAAAUUUUCGAAUGGUGGGCAUUUGCGUGAUCAUCUCCGUACGCACACAGGAGAAAAGCCUUUUGAGUGUACAGUGUGCAAGAAGACGUUUUCGAGAGGUGGGCAUUUGCGUCGUCAUCUCCGUACGCACACUGGAGAAAAGCCUUUUCAGUGCACAAUCUGCAACAAGAAAUUUUCGAACAGUUCGGCUUUGCAUAUUCAUCUCCUAACGCAUACUGGAGAAAAGCCUUUUGAGUGUACAGUGUGCAACAAGAAAUUCUCGCAAGGUGGGCAUUUCCGUGCUCAUUUACGAAUGCAUUCUGGAGAAAAGCCUUUUCAGUGUACAGAGUGUUACAAGAAAUUUGCGGAAAGUGGGACUUUGCGUGAUCAUCUCCGAACCCACACGGGAGAAAAGCCUUUCGAGUGCACUGUGUGCCAUCAGACAUUCUCACAUCGUCAAGGUUUGCGUAUUCAUUCCAAAACCCACAUGACUUAGCAUUUAGAUGCAUUAGAUGCAUUGCAUACUGCCAACAUAUUUUCGGCGGGUGUCUAGUUAUCUUGCGUUUUCUAACUGCAAAUGGGCGUGUAUAGCUUUGAACAUUGGGUAAAAAUGUCCUAAACUAUUUUAAGUAAUCUGAAUGUACUUUCUGAUAUAGUUUGUAUUAAGCUUUUAUAUUGAAUUUUUAUUUGUUUUAAUUCUUUUUUGACCGGCAUAGAGUUUGACAUUGAAAAAGCAGAUCACCAUUUUGUUGGUGUAUCUAGGCUGGCUUGGCCUCGGAGCAGCUUGCUGAGUGAUUGCAAACCACUAAAUUGCGAGCAAAUUGUCGGAAUUACAACUAAGUUUACAUUAAAUAAAAAGAAAAAUUACUGAUUGUCAAUAAUAAAUACUGAUAAAACACCAACUUUACUGCUAUUUUUUUAAAUGCUGUGUGCUUUUUACCAUAAGAACGACUGCAAGGAAACGAAAAUAAAGUUGAUUACUCGA